CCCCGAUUGGGGGCGUUGUCGUUCCCCCAAAACACGCAUUCAGGAAUGCGUAGCCAAGCAACAUGUUUCGUCCAAGAGGGCGACCUUCCCAUUUCAAUUCACUGGGAGCGCAAUGGCAUCCCAAUUCAAGCUUCCCCAAAUGUUAGGAUUACUAAAGUCGACGAUCUCACAACCAUUCUUGUCAUUGAUAAAGCCGGCGCUGAACACUCGGGCAACUAUACGUGCUAUGCCUCAAAUGCUGCCCAAACUGUCGCUGCCUCAGCCAUGCUGUCGGUGCAGGUUCCUCCGUCGUGGGUGUCGCCCCCCGAGGACGUGUCUGCAGCCCUUGGAGGUCUCGCUGUC